AUGGACAACAAUGGAUCCACCAACAUCUCCAACGCCCAGAAGCGCGAAAAGAAUGAAUUCAUUGACGAUGGAAAGAGGGGUCUCGAUGAAGGCAAGGAUCACAUAUUGGAUGGGCGAGAGCUUGCCAACAACAGCGCCGUAGGAGAUGAGGACCGAGGCAGCGGUGUAGUCGGCCUUGGCGAUACUGUAAUUAAAGAGUUAAUUGAAUAUUUGCCGGCCUAG